GUUUUCUACACGAAUCUAAGCCUACUUUGUCAGCCAAGUGGCUUCCUCGAAUGCCGAUGGCGAGACUCUCUUGCAAGUUCGCUUUUUCAUUUUUAAUAUUGUUUCUCGUCCUUCUUCUGCAAGACAGUUGUUUUGGCAAAGAUAAGAAAUCAGAUUCGAAGAAUAAGAAGGAAAAGAACAGUAAAAUAGGCAAGAAUGUGAUGGAUUACACGGACGCAGAUCUGCACAAAUUACUCGACCAAUGGGAAGAAAAUGACGAGGAUAUUGACGAGGAGGAUCGGUAUGAUGACAAUGAUCCUAGAAAGCCACCACCCUCAGGUGGAGGUUUUGAUCCCCAACAGUUCAAGAAUGACCCAAUGGCUCUUUUGAAAGCAUCUAAGAAGGGGAAAGUUAUCAUGAUGUUUGCAUCCGUGGCUGGUAAUCCAAGUAAAAAAGAAACAGAACAGAUAACUGCAAGGUGGCAGACGAGUCUUUUCAAUGCUCAACUUCAAGUUGAAAGGUAUAUUGUUGCAGAUGACCGUGCCCUCUUCAUGCUCAAGGAUGGGAGCCUGGCUUGGGAUGUAAAAGAUUUUCUGAUUACUCAGCCAGACUGUAAAUUAGUUGAAUUUGACAAUCAGCAGUUCCCAGGAGCUGGUGCAAAAAGUGAUCCAACAGCUAAAACUGAACUCUGACACGAUGCUAAUUCUCUUUAAUAACGUUAGAGAAUUGUAUAUUAUUUGUGGCUAGUAUUUUUCAAAUAUAUUAACACUGGAGUUAAAGGCAACUGUAAACCUAUGAUGCAUUCUGCUGCGUAAAGGUUUACACCCUAACAUUAGUAUGCAUAUUCUCCAUACUGUUCUCUAUACAUUUCCUUUGGUACCGACAAGGAGUGUCACGGUUCAUCUAUCAGCUUCUUUAGUUGGCAAUCAUUUUCUCUAUUCUCAUGAUCUUAAUGAAUGAUUCAGGAGUAAAACUAGAAGGAGAAGAUAGACACUGGUCACUCUUGUGGUUUAUAGGGUUUAACCAUAGCAGGCAUUUAGAGCAUAGGCAGAAGCAGGCAAGAGAGGUUGAAUGCAGCCAGAAGGGAACCUUCUGAAGUACACGAGUGAGAUCCACAUCACGCUAUUACUGGACAGGUACAGAAUUCACUUUGUGAGAUACAACCAAAGCUCCUUAUUUGGGGAAAAAACUUGGGUUGAUCAUGUAGAUUUUAAAUCCCCUGAAAAGAUGCCAAAAUUCUCUUUGCGUGGGGUUUUGAGGGACUUCUUUUGUUUAAAAACCCUUCGGCCAGAAACAAAUCACAAAUAUCAACCCAGAACUGUGCUCUGCCAAAUGGAUUCCCACUGGUGACUAACUUUUGUCUUGGGGAAACCAGUUCAAUUAACUUUGCAGAGAUGAUCACCUCAGAUUUCUGUGACAAGAGCUAUAAGGCACCUAGUGAUUCUCCUUAGAGCACAGCUUUGUUAACACUUAAAAAAAGUGAUGGUCUCUUUAGAUGUAUUCAUAGGAAGUUUUCCCACCAAAACUUGCAUUAUAUUUGGAGUACCUUUGUUUUAGUCAAACUGGCAGUUGAACAUGGAUAGAAAAUGGAUUGCUAUGCAUUUUUUUAAAAGUGUGAGUUCAGAUUUAGAGAAGUUUUGUUCCUCAUAUUUUAACACAGUUUUCAUUUUUAGUCCUUGCAAUGUAUUGAGGCACUGAACCAAAAGUGUUUUUCAUUUAGCUUGGACAAUGAUAAUACUCAGACUUUAAUGUCUUCUCACAUUGUGGAGUCAUUUUCAUUGUAGGUAAUCAAUUUUGAAGUAAAUCAAUAAGUAAUAUUUAUUCGCUCUGACAUUUGAAACAUCAGCUUUGAAACUCGUUACGGUGGCUAAUUUACAUUAUCAACUCAGUUGAUAAAAGCAAAAUUACUUUGUUCUACUCCCCCACCAAUGAAGCACCACAGGUUUUUAGAAACUUACCACCUUUCAUCACAUUUAUACUCUUGGAAAACUUAGUUUUGUCCUUUUUUUUAGCAAAAUUCAUAUAAAUGUACUACUAAAAUCUGUGAAGUUCAGUUUUGAUUGUUUGAAGAAUUCCUUAUUUUGUUGCAAUUAAGUUUAUCAAUUAAAGUACAAAUAGAUGUUUUUCUCUACUUGAAAA